UGGGCCGUCAACUGUUUCCGGAAUUUGCGCCGCUCUGGUAGCGAUUGGGGCAAACAGUAAUGGCUGCCAUGUUUACGUGUUGUCUAAACUGCUGCGGAGAUGGAGGCUCGGGACAUAUCCAACUUAAAGAGAUGCCCACGGUUCAGCUAGAUACUCAUCACAUGGGCACAGAUGUUGUCAUAGUGAAGAGUGGACGGAGGAUAUGUGGCACUGGAGCGUGCCUAGCGAACGCUCCCUUGCACCAGAACAAAAGUUUUUUUGAGUUCAAGAUUCAGUCCACUGGGGUGUGGGGAAUCGGUGUGGCCACGCAGAAGGUCAACCUUAACCAAGUGCCUUUAGGCAGAGAUUCCAACAGCCUGGUCCUGAGGCAUGACGGCUCUAUUUUCUACAACAACGAAGAGAAGAACCGCCUCCCAGCGAACAAUCUCCCUCAAGAGGGUGACAUUGUGGGUGUCACAUAUGACCACGUAGAAAUGAACUUGUACUUGAAUGGAAAGAACAUGCAUUGUCCCGCGUCAGGGAUCCGAGGCACUGUAUACCCUGUUGUUUAUGUGGACGACAGCGCCAUCUUAGACUGCCAGUUUAGUGACUUCUACCAAACACCUCCACAAGGAUUUGAGAAGAUCCUCUUUGAACAGCAAAUCUUCUAAACAAAAGGCCUUUUUUGUCGUCACUCAUCCAUACUGACGAUAUCUCCCCAUCGCUCCGGAUUGACGUAAAAGGAGUAGCAUUGAAGGAGUUAAUGUUGAUUCAUGAUUGUUGUCCUCAUGUAUGAGUCUGAGGUGAUCAAAAUUUAGGGAUGGGCAUUUGACUAAAUUUUCUUGAUCGACUACAAGGGAAAAUUAGCAAUGAAUUAUUCGAUUAAAGUAUUGUUUUUAAAGAGAUGGGAUUAUCUAUCUCUAAAUGUUCUGGACUCCUGUUUUUAUGCCAGCAUGUUAUUGAAUAGAAUAAUGCUGCCAUCUGCGUGGAUGUAGCUCAACUUCCCAAUGGUAAUGCUAGUCUUCUUAAGCAGCACCUUCUUUAGGCAGCAAAUUAGCUGAGGCAGACUCAACAGCCCCUUUGCUGGUUGCAGCUGAGUAGUGCACUCCAUUUUGACUCAAUUGCUUCAAUAAACAAUUCAUUUAUACACAAUGGACAGUAGUCGAGCGCUCGAUUAAUCCACCAAAUGAUUAUUAUGCCCAUCCCUACUUUGAGUAGCCAUCCACGGGGGACUGUGUCGACUGCUGCUCUGGAAUAAGCAAUGAUUUACACAAGUUGCGCACAUGCCCAUAUACUGUAUGUACUGUACAUGUAAUUCUAUUUAUUUGAUUCACAGGUAAACUGUCAAUGCUGAAACAUCCCCCUCGCUUGUCUUCAAAUAUGUCAUUCAAAUUGGCAAUAGGGGAAUAGGGAUCACGUUCAUGCUUCUGUUUUUUGUCACUUUAUGGUUGGAAUUGACACAAAAUAUCUUAAACAGCUGACACUAGGCCUGUCACGAUAACACAUUUUGCUGGAUUGUCCUACAAAUUAUUGCACAUGAACGACAUUAUUGCCAACAUUAUUAUUUUGAGACCUUUUUUUUCAUAAAUGUAAUGAUAAUGUAUGGCAUAAUAAUGCGAUUACACCAUAUCAAAAGCGAUUAACUUUAAUUAAAGUAUGUAACAUUGUAAUUGGAAUGUCCAUCCAUCCAUCCUUUUUCUAUGCCGCUUAUCCUAAUUAGGGUCGCGGGGGUAUGCUGGAGCCUAUCCCAGCUUACUUCGAACUCGAACCCAGGUCUUCCCGAUCUCCUGACUGUGUGGCCAACAUGCUAACCACUCAGCCACCGUGCGGCUCUAAUUGGAAUGUCAAGAGCUUUUAAAUAAAAUUAAACAGCAUAAAGACAAAAACACCCAAAUUAAAAUAAAAGUGUCUCUUUUAGCAAAAAUUGCACUUCAAUAAAAAUCAUAAUCACAAUAUACAAUUUCUGAUUUUGAAUCGGUGGCACUUUUGUUAUUGUCUAAAUACAACGGAAUACUCUGGGAAUACUCUGAAGUUGACAGACGUCGGCUCAUUUGCAUCUACAAUUCUGUGUGGAAUACGCUGUUUACGUUUAAUGAGGUGUAUCGUUUUGUCGGAGUUUGGUACAUAUUUUGGAUCCAGCACAAUGUGUUUGGUGCACAGUGAGGCGUUAUACUUUGGGAAUCACGGCAACUGAAACAUUGCCUUGGUCACAAACGGCGAUGUGCAAAUGGGCUGAAAUUGACAUCAGAUGUGGUUUUAUACACAACAGGCACGAAGAAAGUAUUCCACACAGUGUCCUCUGUUUAUUCAAUAUAUUUGCAGUAUAUUUUCACAUGGCUAUGGCAUCAAAUCACUGUAGUUUGUGCGUCAUGACCCUCGAAAGUAACUGCACCAUCGGUGGUACGCCUGUGAAUACUUUCAUUCACUGGUACCCCUUUUCAGGAAAAUCAGCCAUUAGCUUGUUACUCCUCACUACACUCACUUGCAGCACUCUGUGUGUGCACUCACUGGCGCCCACAAACAUGCAUGCCCAUGUCAAUUUAUCACGGCCGGGAAAAUUACCAAGUUCGUUUUUAUUUAUUGUGCGGUUAAUUGACUUAUUGAUUAUUGCGAUGGGCCUAGCUGAUACACAUUAAAUUUAUAUUUAUCAUAUAUCUACAAACAUAUCCCUAUUCCCUGCUCCUAUAUGUAUAUGGUCUUGAGAUAUUUACGGCGUAUUUAUUCUUCAAUAUUAGCAGAUGUGGUGCAGCUUGUCUAAAAAUGACAUGUAUGGUUAUAAUUAUAUGAUAUGGUAUCGGCAAAUGUUGCUGCUCAAGUGUGACAUUUGUUUUCUAACUGUACAUCUUUGUUUGCACUAACUCGUGAUUGUACAAGCCAAUCCAAAUAUUGUUGAUGGAUUAAAGAUUCUGCAGGAAUCUCCAGUGUUUAUUUUUCUAUUUGAUUUUAUUUAUAAUAAUAUUUUUUAACAGUCCGUUAAGCUUGUAUUUGUUUGUGUAACUCCUGAACAGCUGCACACUAUAAGGUGAAAAUUUGUCCACACAAGACUCCUACUUUGUUGUUUGUGUUAUUUACACAUGCACAUGACACACACACCAAAUGGUAGUGCUUUUUGAGCCCGUAAAUUGGAUUGACUUGAAAUUUUUCACACAGCUGAAUGUGCAAGAUUGGUUGAAAAACAUGGAAACCAUCAAGCAAAACAUCUUUGUCAGGGCAUGGGAGGGAUUUAACCUAAUUCUCCAAAAGUCAUUGAUCAUUUGUCUAAUGAUUACAAUGAGGGUACCUGCAGUACAUGCAUGCUAGCAUGUCUUCCAAAGCAUUUAGACCACAACCUAUAAGGGG